AAUCGUUCUGAAAAUGACAGCUUUCCUAGUUUCCAUUGCAAUCGCUCUCCUCGCCGCCGUUCAGGCAUGGGAUUACGGAGUUCCCUACUAUCCGGCACCGCACUAUUUCGAACAGCAGCAGCCAUAUGAUCUGCGGUGUCCGCCAUCUGGUCCCGAAAGUCUGGUCUGUGCCGGAGCUCCGGGCGCCCAGCCAUCCACCUUUCCCAGUCCCUGCGAGGUCCAACGUUUCCGUGCGCUAACUGGCAUAAACUGGGAGAUCAUCCACGAGAAUAGAUGCGAAACAUUGGAGGUCUGCCCGGAUAACUGCCAGGAUGAGUACAGUCCGGUGUGCGGCAAGUACAAGGAUACCAGGCGCAACUUCAGGAGCGAGUGCGAACUGCAGCUGGUCAAGUGCCGCACAGGACAUCCUUGGCGGAAGCAACACGAUGGCCCCUGUGAAAGCAGGUAUCCUGUUCCUCAGUCGCCUCGCGUUCAGAACUACAAUCCCUAUGCGAUUAAUCCUUACCAACCGAACAUCCAAGCUCGUGGACCCUAUGGCGCCCAAGGACCUUACGGCUCUCAAGGACCUUAUGGAUCUCAAGGAUCUCAACAAUCUGCUGGAGCCUACGGUCCAUAUGGGCCGCAAUCUCCACCUCAGCGCUAUCCGCAAAGUUCAUUUGUGUCCCCGAAACCCACCCAUGAUGCACCUAUCUAUCAGCCCUAUCAGAUUUCCUGGGAAAAUCUGCCCACCGAGUAUGCCGGAACCUCCAAACCUUAUCCGAAUCCAGCCUAUGAGACGACACCAACUACUACAGCCACAACUGCUUCUACAACUACUUCCACAACCACUACUACUACUGCUCCCACAACCACUACUACAACUACUACUACAACUACUCCCUCACCAACUACCGCUAAAGUCACAACUACACCUCAACCAGAUGAAUCACAGACCACCGCGGCCUCAAGUGCAACUCUAAAUCCCAGGCAGAAUAUAAAGGUGAAUGCUGCUCUGUUCGAAUCCGACCAAGAGCCCACAACUGGUCAGCCUGAAGAAUCUACAGAGCCCAGUUCCACGGAGUACGUUGCCACCACUCCGCCUUUGAAAAAAUACACAACUACUGCCGCUCCCAGAUUUGCUACAACCACGGCACGACCCACGAGACCUCCUAUAACGAUAAACGCUGUUCAAAAACCCAAACAGGAGGCUCAGCAGACUGAAUCGACUGCAACUUACAAGUCUUUCAAUGCUUAUAAUUCAUAUGCAGCCGCCACCACCACUAAAGCUCCUGAGCCCGAAGAGGUUACAAUGUUGCCCUUGGACAAUGUCUUCAAAGUAAAUGAAGUCCAGAUAAGUACUGAGGAGACAACUGAAAAGGCUGAUGAGACAACGCAGGCCACCACUCGUAAAGCGGCCCCCAUUUACCCAUCAUAUCCAACUUAUGCAUCCUCAAAUGCAUAUGAAACUUAUCCAGUCUAUGGUUCCACAGAAGCUUCCAAGGAUGAGGAAACUACCAAGAAAUCUCUCGACGAUAUAAUCAAAAUAAAUAGAGUUGAAGAGAGUACUGAAAAGAAUGAUGAAGAGACCACAACGGCAGAUACCGAUUCGGAAUCUUCCACACCUAAAUCGCAGCCUACCUACCCAUCUUAUCCAACAUAUCCAGCUUCAAAUGCAUAUGAAACUUAUCCAACCUAUAGCACUACUGAAGAACCUGAAGUUGAAGAAGCUACUAAAGUGGCCAUAGACAAGUUGGUGAAAGUAAAUGAAGUGCAGAUCAGUACUGAGGAGCCUGCGACAGAAGCUACUACGACAACUAAAGCGCCAAAUACUUACCCAUCAUAUCCGACUUAUCCAGCCUCAAAUGGAUAUGAAACUUAUCCAACCUAUAGCACUACUGAAGAACCUGAAGUUGAAGAAGCUACUAAAGUGGCCAUAGACAAGUUGGUGAAAGUAAAUGAAGUGCAGAUCAGUACUGAGGAGCCUGCGACAGAAGCUACUACGACAACUAAAGCGCCAAAUACUUACCCAUCAUAUCCGACUUAUCCAGCCUCAAAUGGAUAUGAACCUUAUCCAACCUAUAGCACUACUGAAGAACCUGAAGUUGAAGAAGCUGCUAAAGUGCCCAUAGACAAGUUGGUGAAAGUAAAUGAAGUGCAGAUCAGUACUGAGGAGCCUGCGACAGAAGCUGCUACGACAACUAAAGCGCCAAAUACUUACCCAUCAUAUCCGACUUAUCCAGCCUCAAAUGGAUAUGAAACUUAUCCAACCUAUAGCACUACUGAAGAACCUGAAGUUGAAGAAGCUGCUAAAGUGGCCAUAGACAAGUUGGUGAAAGUAAAUGAAGUGCAGAUCAGUACUGAGGAGCCUGCGACAGAAGCUGCUACGCCAACCAAAGCGCCAACUACUUACCCAUCGUAUCCGACUUAUCCAGCCUCAAAUGGAUAUGAAACUUAUCCAACCUAUAGCACUACUGAAGAACCUGAAGUUGAAGAAGCUGCUAAAGUGCCCAUAGACAAGUUGGUGAAAGUAAAUGAAGUGCAGAUCAGUACUGAGGAGCCUGCGACAGAAGCUGCUACGCCAACCAAAGCGCCAACUACUUACCCAUCGUAUCCGACUUAUCCAGCCUCGAGUGUGUAUAAAACUUACAGCUCCUCUAAGACUCCAGAUGAUGAUGAUGAUGACGAGCAGGACGAAGAAGCCAAAAUAAAUCCAUUGGACAAAGCCAUAAAGAUCAACGCUGUCUCCGAUCCAAAAACCAUUCAGAACACAACGUUUGCGACGACACCAUUGCCAGAAACCAUCAAUGAAUCUUUCUCAGAUGUGGAAAAGGAACCUGAGAUUAAUGUAGAUAGUGUGGCUGAGAGUGUGAAGACUGAAUCUGCAGAAAUUCCAGAAAUUGUCAAGACGGAAAGCGUUAGUAAGAACGGAACGCAGGUUAAUUUGGAGGUGACCUGCAAACGAGAAUCCAAAAAACUAAAGCUGGACACAUCGAGCUCCGAUCGAAGCAACAUUUAUUUCAUAUUUUUGGGCUGCUAAACAAGUUGUAUAUUGUGUUCUAGUGUAAUUGUUAUUGUGUUAUUAUAGUGCAAUGCUGCUGUCAAUGUUUAAUGUUUAACGUUUAAAGUUUAAUGUUCAAAGUGAAGAAGCUAAUAUAAUAAUAAAUGUUUGCGUUCGAAACUAAA